ACACUUAAUUAUAAAAGGUAAAACACUUAAUUAUAAAAGGUAAACUUGAGUGAUUAAAGCCAAUAUUCCUCUAGUUCUACUUCUGUAGUUCUUGGUGCAGGGGUUUAAACGCCUCUAAUUCAUCGGCUAAUUUUCCUUGUGUCAUCGAAGCGGUUCACAGUGUGGCUGGCUUGAAUGAGGAAACAAGCACGUACAAAGCUCCAUCUUUAGCCCUGAAGUUAGGGCACAACCUCAAGAAGAUGGCUAACGUUAUUGAAUGUGAGGCAAUGAUGUCCGGUGAUAAGAAUACACUUAGCAAUGUGCAGGCCUUUAAACAAAUCUGCAACACUAAAGGAGUGAGUGCGUGUCGUCCCAGGCCCUCCAAAAUUUGAGUGAAGCAAAAUGAAAUUCUCCACAACUUCUUCCCUUUGCUGAAGAUGUGAAGAAAAUGCACCAGUAUCUUGACAGCCAGAGUAAGGAGUAUCAGACAAAACUUGAAGAAGAACCAAGUAUCAAGCACUGGGCAGAACUUGCGAAGGUGACACUCUGUCAGGUGAUACUUUUUAAUCGUAGAAGGGAAGGAGAGGUAUCCAAGAUGUCCCUUAAUUCUUUUAUAUUGUGGGACACCUCCUCGACUCAUCCAGAUGUAGAGCUUGCUUUAUCAGACCUUGAGAAGUCACUUUGCAAGUAUUUCCAGAGGAUUGAAAUAAGAGGCAAACGUGGACGAAAGUUCCCCAUUCUUCUCACACCAGAUAUGGUGACAUCGAUGGAGUUGCUUGUCAAGACUCGCCGUAACUGUGAUGUGCUCGAUGAGAACAUGUUCAUGUUUGGAAGACCACAAGCACUCAGUCACUUCAGAGGAUCAGAUGUUAUUCGUCAGAUCGCUCGAAGCUGUGGAGCAGAACACCCAGCGGCGUUAUCCUCCACGAGACUGAGGAAGCACAUGGCCACCAUGUCCAAGGUCCUUAACUUAAAGGACAAUGAAAUGGAUGAUCUUGCUGACUUCCUAGGGCACGACAUCAGGGUCCAUCGACAGUACUAUCGGCUACCUGAAGGUACAUUACAGCUGGCCAAGAUAAGUAAAAUACUUAUGGCCAUGGAACGAGGACAGCUAUCUGAAUUCAAAGGAAGGAAUCUCGAUGAGAUCCAGAUUGAUCCACAAGAGAGAGUACUGAUGGACAGUGAUGGAUCAGACUCUGAGAACGAGAAAGAAAUGACUGAAAAUGAUGCUUUAGAUUCAUCUUCAAAUUCAGCAGGUAUGUAG